GCAAUGGCUGUGCAGAUGCAGUUAGACGCAAACGCAGAUACGUCAGCGGAGGAAGAGAGCUUUGGGCCACAGCUCAUAUCUAGGUUAGAGCAAUGUGGUAUAAAUGCAAACGAUGUGAAGAAAUUAGAAGAAGCUGGAUUUCACACAGUUGAGGCUGUUGCUUAUGCACCAAAGAAGGAGCUACUAAAUAUUAAAGGCAUCAGCGAAGCCAAAGCUGACAAAAUCUUGGCUGAAGCAGCUAAACUGGUUCCGAUGGGUUUCACCACAGCAACAGAAUUCCACCAACGAAGGUCAGAGAUCAUCCAGAUCACCACUGGGUCCAAAGAACUUGAUAAACUUCUUCAAGGAGGAAUAGAAACAGGGUCCAUAACAGAGUUAUUUGGCGAGUUUCGUACUGGAAAAACACAGUUGUGUCAUACCCUGGCAGUAACCUGUCAACUUCCCAUUGACCGAGGUGGUGGUGAAGGAAAAGCUAUGUAUAUUGACACAGAAGGGACCUUCCGUCCAGAACGUCUGCUUGCUGUGGCUGAAAGGUAUGGCUUGUCUGGCAGUGAUGUCCUAGAUAAUGUGGCGUAUGCUCGAGGUUUUAACACAGAUCAUCAGACCCAGCUCCUGUAUCAGGCAUCUGCUAUGAUGGCUGAAUCACGAUACGCGCUGCUGAUAGUGGACAGUGCCACAGCCCUUUAUCGGACAGAUUACUCGGGCAGAGGUGAGCUGUCAGCUAGGCAGAUGCAUCUGGCCAGAUUUCUGCGUAUGCUUCUUCGACUUGCAGAUGAGUUUGGUGUGGCAGUUGUGAUCACUAACCAGGUGGUAGCACAAGUAGAUGGAGCAGCCAUGUUUGCUGCAGAUCCCAAAAAACCUAUUGGAGGAAAUAUCAUAGCACAUGCUUCCACCACGAGACUGUAUCUGCGAAAAGGCCGAGGUGAAACCAGAAUAUGUAAAAUUUAUGACUCUCCUUGCCUUCCUGAGGCUGAAGCAAUGUUUGCUAUUAACGCUGAUGGAGUGGGAGAUGCUAAAGACUGAAGACUCCAUUUCAUCUCCCGUGUAACCCAAGACUCGGUGUCUGUAAACGGCUCCUUUCUUUGUGGCACCUUACAGAUGCUUUCCCAAUGCAGCGCUGGGAAUGCUGGCAGAGGAAUCUGUUGUAUUUCAGCGUAGAAGCCCAUCAGGUGAAUACACUUAGAUACACCAAAGGGUUUUGCUUGCAAAAACCCUCUUGGGCUUUAGUCACAAGUUAGAUUAACAUGGUUUCUUGAGAACAUUUUCAGAGGACCGUAGCCUUUGCAUUUUCCUCACGGCUGCUCCAGCUGGAUUC